AAUAUCGCUUCCUUUUGCCUAGCUCUGGUAGGCUAUAUCAAUCAGAGCUGAGCUUGCUGUGCGACAGAACCGUCUGCUAGAACGCUGGGAGAGUCGGAGGGAGAAAGGGAGCGAGACUGACACAGAGAGAGCCAGGCAAAACGUGGCUUUAGAGUCGAGCUCGGAAGGUGGCCAGGCUGGAUUUGGGUGGUGUCACGCUGGGGUGCUUUUAGAGCGUUGCGAUUUCAGCUUUAAUAAUACCGAAGCGAGGAACAAAAAUUGUUCAGCGUGCCUGCAGUUCAUUCGGAAACUUUUCUUUUUCUCUUCACUUCCCCGAUUGCCCAGACUACCCACAGGAUUUCUAACCCGAGUGUAUCGAAGGAGGGCUUCAGGCUUCGUUAACACCUUGAGUCGCAUGCAGGGGACAUUGUGCUGUCAGAGGACAGCCCGUUGUGACAGCUCAUUUCUUCAGAACUGAAGUUUUAUAGCAAUCUCUUUCUAAUCCGGCAACGACUCCAUGUCUUUUUGAGGCACUGCACACCAAAGCGCAAUGCCUCUUUUGAAAUAGAUCUUUCAAAUUGUUGUUUCUAUGCCAAGGGUGAGAUGGACGUCCUGUAUACGUCAACAGAUUACAACGAGAGCACCGAGGCGAACUUUUCAAAUAGCCGCAAUGCUACCGAAGGCUACUACAAUCAGUUUGUCCAGCCGGUAUGGCGCAUCGUACUUUGGGCAAUUGCCUACGCUGCUAUAGUCAUUAUAUCUGUGGUCGGCAACAUUAUCGUGAUAUGGAUCAUUUUAGCCCAUAAACGGAUGAGGACAGUCACGAAUUACUUCUUAGUGAACCUUGCAUUUGCCGAGGCGUCUAUGUCGGCGUUCAACACGGUCAUUAACUUCACCUAUGCCAUCCAUAACGAGUGGUACUACGGGCUGAGCUACUGCAGGUUUCACAACUUUUUCCCAAUUGCAGCAGUGUUUGCCAGCAUCUACUCCAUGACUGCCAUCGCACUGGACAGGUAUGUUGCCAUCAUCCACCCUCUGCAGCAAAGGCUGUCAUCCACAGAGACCAAGAUAAUCAUCUCUGUCAUCUGGUUCUUGGCCAUGUGCCUGGCGUUUCCUCAGUACUACUACUCUGUCACAGCUGACCUGCCAGACCGCGUGGUCUGCUACAUUGACUGGCCCGAGUACAAGGCCUGUGACUUCAGAAAAAUGUACUAUGUGUGUGUUGCCAUUCUCAUUUACUUCCUGCCACUCCUGGUAAUGGGCUGUGCUUAUCUGGUAGUUGGCAUCACGCUCUGGGCAAGUGAAAUCCCUGGAGACUCCUCUGAUCGCUACCGGGAACAGCUGACGGCCAAACGCAAGGUUGUAAAGAUGAUGAUCACAGUGGUGUGCACCUUUGCUGUCUGCUGGCUUCCUUAUCACGUCUAUUUCCUGCUCAGCGAGUUCUUCCCCAAAAUUUACCUGGAGCAAUACAUCCAGCAGGUGUACCUGGCAGUCAUGUGGCUGGCGAUGAGCUCAACGAUGUACAAUCCCAUAAUCUACUGCUGCCUGAAUGACAGGUUCCGGGCAGGAUUUAAGCAAGCUUUCCGCUGGUGCCCCUUCAUCAAACCUGGGGAUUACGAGGGCCUCGAACUUAAGUCCACGAAAUACUUGCAAACCCAGAACAGCAUGUACAAAGUAAGCCGCAUGGAGACAACAGUGUCAACCGUUAUUAAUGCCAUCGAUGAUGAAGUUGAGGAUAGUCUGAGAACCAAACGUCUCUCCCUUGAUCUCACAUCCAACGGCUCUUCCAGAAGUGCAUCCAAAACAAUGUCAGAGACGUCUAGCUUCUACUCCAACACCAAUAUGUCCUAAGAGAGGCAGCAGAGAGAGGAGAUGAGCACAACACGAGCCAGAUCAGCAUUCAUCAUUAAAUUGCUGCCAGUCAUUGUCUAUUGGUAUUGUGCGUGUUGUCAUUACACAGAGCAACAAGGGCAAUUCUUUGGUCUGCAGCUCAUGCAGCUCUGUACUUUUGGAAAUGUGUGCCUCUUUCUUUGAAUUUCUCAGUCCAUGGCUCAGUCCAGUUUUUAAGACAAAGAGCUCAGCUAUGGAUCUGGGUACUCCAUCUGUGUUCAACAACCAGUACCAUGAGCACUUGAUUAUUUAGGUGAGGAUGGAAAAUUUGCCUGGUGAUCAGACAGUCAAGGCAAAGGGAAUCGGCCUGACAAGAAUGACAUGAAGCUGAUCCACUCAAAGCCUAAAUUGUGAAAAAUAAGAAAUAUGGUGAGGAACGAUGACUUCAACAAAAGCCAACUGGAGGAUGAAUCUCUGAAGGAAUAGCAGUAAGAUGGAGGAGUCUUCUGCAUAUCAUGAGGCAGUAUUCUUUUAGUAUCACUCUGACUGUUGUGUAAACAAGUUUACAAUUUUCCAUACAAAAUAUAAUAGUGCAGACUGAGUCUCCAAACCUUACACGUUUGCCCUGGAUCAGAAGACUGGUUCAUUUUGAUCCUUUAGUUACUGCAUUAAGAAGAACAGAGAGAAGUAAGAAGGCUCACUGUAUGAUGUACAUUAUAGCCAAAAAAUAAUCCUGCAGUUCCUCAUUUAUGCUAGAAAUCAGCCAUGGGUCCUUUCUCUUCUCAAUUGUGUCCAACAUUCAUGGCAUUAGUUUGGGAAACCAUCACUAUAAAAUGGUGACUCCAACAAAAUUCUUCUUUUAGGCCCUGAUUGAUUUUCCAUUUUCCAUUUUGAUACCAAAUCUUGGAUGUAUCUGACUGAUAUUUCUCUGGGGAUGAAGAUAGAUGGGGGUCAUGUGAGAUGCCUCACUUCCCUAAAGGAUCAUUUUGCAGACAAUUUGAUUUCAUCAAUAAAAAAUAACAUGCCAAGUGUCCCACUCAAGCACAUCUUUUUGUGAUUUUUCAUAAAAAUAUACAUGAAUGUUCUGCAGUAUGUGGAAUUUUAUUUUUUUUCUGCAAUCCUCCCAUUAUUAUUUAAUGGAGGAUUUGAACCUAAUUUUUUAUUAAAAAGACAUAAAGACUGGAUGUCCAUGCCACCUACAAGUGGUGGAUAAAUAAAUGGAAAUACAUGUGCUUUGUUUCAAGUGAGUUGUAGCUAUUGUAACUGUCAUGGAUAGGCAAGUGAGCACCAUCUUAUAAUAGAUAUAUUAUUUGUUUCUCUCUUGGUUACCAUCUAUUAGAUUUUCAUAAUACUUUUGUUUCAGAUGAAAUUUUUUUUUGAUUCAAAAAUGAUAUCUUUUGUGUGAUAAGCCACUCAAAGCUGGACUAUUGACCUCUGCUAUAAGCUAUUAUUUCAAAUGCAUUUGGGUUUUUUUUUAAACUGAAAGGAAAAUGAUUAUUUUUCAAAAAUAUAUUAACCACUCAAAGCUUGUUCAUUAAUAAAAAAUGACGCAGAAUUUGCUGUCCAAUAGGUUGUAAAAUAAUAGUCAAAAUCAGACAGAGAGAAAUGUAAUUUCCAGGUACAGUGACAAGAAAAAGUGAACACUUUGGAAAUAACUGCAUUUAUGUAUACAUGUGUCUUAAAAUGUAUUCUGAUCUUCAUUUAAAUUAGAAAACAAACAAGCAGAAUACAUUUUAACUAAUAACAUACAAAUCAUUGAAUUGUUCUUGAAUACAUCAUGCAAACAUUCACAGGUGUAGGCUGGAAAAAGUAUGUGAACUUCUAGGCUGAUGAUUUCAACAAAAGCUAACUGGAGUCAGGAGCUGGCAAACCUGAAGUCCAGCCAAUGAAACAGGACUGGGGGUGUGGUUUCGAAAUACUUUGACCAAUAGAAAAAGCACCAGCUGUUAAUGUAUGUUUCAAAAAAAAAUAUCUCAUAAGAAAUGCAAUCAGGAAUUGUUGAUUUAUAUAAAGCUGGAAAGGGUUAUAAAGUUAAUUAAAAUAGAUAGUCAUCAGUUCACAGUUAGACAAACUGUGUAUAAAUGGAAACCAUUUAGUACGAUGUCAAGAUGACUUGAAAGGCACAAUGCAAAAUGUUUAAAAAGAACUGUACAAUAACAGCUAAAGGCUUGAAGAAGUCAUUGAAACUGAUUAACAUUUCUGUUCAUGCACCUACCAUAGAGAAAUCAUUGAACAGAAAUGGAGUCCAUGACAGGACAUCAAAGAAGAAGCAACUGAUCUCCAAAAAACAUUGCUGCAUACCUGAAGUUUUCCAGAAACCAUCUUGACACUUCACAAUGCCAUCGGGAAGAUGUUUUGUUGACUAAUGAAACUAAGGUUGAAUUGUUCUGGAAGAAUACAAGGUAGUAUGUAUGGCAUAUAAAGGGUGCUGCAUACCAGCAUUAAAACCUCAUCCCAGUGGUGAAGUAUGGUAGGGGGAGCAUCAUGAUUUGGGACUGCUUUACUGACUCGGAUCCUGGACAGCCUGUCAUCAUCAUGGGGAAAAUUAAUUCCCAUGUUUAUUAAGGUCUCCUAUGGUAUAAAGUCAGGACCAGCUGAAGGUCAGUAAAAGUUGGAUGAUGUAGCAGGCAAUGAGCCUGAACAUUAAAGUAAGUCUUGUACAGAAAUACAGAAAAUCCACCUUUUGGAGUAGUCCAGUCAGAGGCCAGACCAUAACCCAACAGAGAUGCUCUGUAAUGACCUUAAGAGAGCCAUUCACAGCAGACAUCUAAAGAAUAUGGCUGAGCUCAAGCAGCUCUGCAAUGAAGACUGGUCCAAAAUCUCACCUGAAGAUUGUGUUGGUUUGAUCUCCAGCUAUUUGUUAGAGGUUAUUGUUGCCAAAGGAAGUUCAAACAGUUGGCAUAUCCAAGGCUUCACAUACUUUUUAAACAGCAGACUGUGAAUGUGUGAUUGGUUUAUUCAUUAAAGACAUGAAAGGUUAGAACUGUUUGUUAUUAGCAUAAGCAUAUUGUGUUUGACAAUACCUAGGACUUAGAUGAAGAUCAGAUCGCAAUUCAUGAGCAGUUAAUGUGGAAAACCAGGUAAUUCCAAUGCAUGCCCAUACUUUUUCUUACAACUAUAUUUUGGUUGCUGCUUCAUUUUUAUUGUUCUUCCAUAACAAGAAAUUUUACCAGAAAUCAUUCAUUUCAUUGAGUGCACAUAGUGGGCUAUUUCUAAACAUGUUCCUGUAUUCCAUCUGGGCAACAUCUGAAAAAGGGUAGAUGACUUGGUAAAUUGUUUCAGAUUCCCAUAACCAUUUGUGUGAAAAUGUGCUUCCUGGUUUCCACCUUGAUGUACUUCUCAUUAAUUUUCACAAGGUGUUCUUUGAAUAGAUUAUUUAAAUAAAAGAAUUCUGCUGCAUUAAUACUGUGUUCACAUGCGCUGGGAGUUUUCCGAGUUACCAUUUGUGAGAUCACACCUUCUCAAUUUGUGGUGUUUACGUUCAUUUCAGGGUGGUUUGCUGCUCGAGUUGGUUAGCUGUUGAUUUCUUGCUCAAUUCCUAUAAAAAAGUAAUUUAAUUGCUCUUUUUUUUGUGAAAAUAAAAAGUGAAGAAAACUCAUUACAGUAGUAAUGCAUCUCUCCAAAUACAACAUGACCAUGCAAUACCAUUCCUGACUCGA